AAAAAAUUGUUGUAGAGAAUAAGAGAUGAUUUUAAAAAUAAUGAAUUUAAAAAAAAUAAUCUAAAUUAAAAAAGUACUAUAAAUACCGUGUAAAGUAAAAACAAAAAUCUCUUUCCAACAAAAACCAACACUGCACCCGACCCUGAAGAAGACAAGAACCAACUAGUGUUGGAAACUUGACCCGAGUUAUGUAGCACCAUUUUCAAGAACCAAAGAGGCAAGCUCCAAUGUGCAUGGCAACUCAUUACGUGGAGUAAAGCUCAUCCUUUUCUUAUAACCCAGUCGACCGCAAAGUGUUCGACGAAUUGUCCAAGAGAAAAAACAAUGUUCCAUCGAAGGCAGAGUUACAACGAUGCUGUCUCCCUUGCAAUAUACUUCCGCCCGUUCAUCCAAAUUCAGAAGCGCAAUCUCGUCAAUGUAAAGUUCAAAUGGGUAAAGGACACUCUUCUCGAUUCCGUAGUUUCGAGCAGCGUGCACCUCAAAGCCACUUGCACCCUCGUUUCCCUUAUCGGAUCCAACCCGGAAUCCGCCUUACCCGUUUACUACCUCACCAGAUAUCGCGGCCAGCUAGGCCUCCCUCCAGACCUCAAAGUCUCCACUUUCGUUCGCCGCUACCCCAAUAUUUUCCGUGAAUUUUACCGCCCCGAUUCCAGCGGCACCCCGGUUCCGUGGUAUAAAUUAACCCCCGAGGUAUUGGAAGUAUACCAUCAAGAAAUGCGUUGUGUUUACGACGAUUGUAACGUGGAUAUUCUGAACAGGCUGCAAAAGUUGCUUAUGCUUACGAAAGAGAGAUUGCUCCCUCUGCAUACUAUCGAUCAGCUUCGAUGGGACUUGGGUUUGCCUUACGGUUACGAGAACGAGUUAGUGACUAAGCACCCCGGGUUGUUUUCUUUCACGAAACUGCCGGAUGAUCGUGUGGGGUUGAAACUAUUAGUUUGGGAUGAUUGUUUAGCAGUUUCCCAUCUCGAGUCAAAAAAAUCGAAUCUUGCGGAAACGAAUCACGGGGAAUUGGCUUUUCCAAUUGGGUUCACUAGGGGUUUCGGGUUGAAAAGAAAGUGCAUGGAGUGGUUGAACGAGUGGCAAAAGUUGGCCUACACUAGUCCGUACGUCGACACAUCGCAUUUAGAUCCAAGAACCGAUGUCUCCGAAAAGAGGAUUGUUGGGGUGUUUCACGAGCUUCUUCACCUUACAAUUCUCCGAAAGGUCGAGCGAAAAAACGUGAGUAAUUUACGCGGACCGUUGGCUAUGCCUCAGAAGUUCACUAAGGUGUUCGAAAGGCAUCCGGGUAUUUUUUACAUAUCGAAGAGAGGUGGGACCCAGACUAUUGUUCUGAGAGAGGCUUAUGAUCGCGGGAAUCUAAACGAGAAGCAUCCAUUGGCUGAUAUUCGAGGAAAAUACGUUGGCAUGAUGAAGAAGGGGCUUUUGGAUCGAAGUAGGGGAUUGUAUAAGAAAGAGAGUAAGGGUUCCGAAGGUGAAGUGGUGAAGAUUCAUUUCGAGUCCGAAACGGAGUCGGAUUGUGAUUUGGUUGCGGGGUAUGAAUCCGACGAAACCUAGCUCAAUAAAAAAAUUAACUUGUGUCGAGCAGUCUCGGGUUCUUACAUGCUCAAGGAACGGUGGUAAAAGGCAUCUAUCUGCCAAGAAUCGAAACUAGUGCAUCUGCGAAAACGGAGAAAAUUUUAUGUGAGUAUGGCUAGGAAAGUGGUUUAGUUGGUUAUCUUUCAACUUCACUACACAACCUACUUCCCUUCUCAUAAAAUAAACAAAUAAAUAGCUAACUUGAAAGAUCUGAGUGCAAAGUGAUUUAUCACUUGAUAUCUAAAUGACUUGGGCAAACUGUUUUAUAUUGAUUUCAAGAAGAUCUACUUUCUCAUGGACAUGGUGGAUUAUUAUUUUUAUUUUCAAUUUUAUUUGAUUUUAGUUUU